CACAGCACAGAAGAAAAAGGACAUAAUCUACGCCGCGUGAGCAGAUCCUACUUCCCCUCUCUCUCUAAAGCAUUUUCAUUUCUCCUAAUCCAUUGAUUUGCAUUUGGGUUUCUGAUGAUUCUUCUUCCUCGCACCCACCGGAACUUUGCGAGUGAGAUAAAGCAACCCAGUUAAAGCCAAAAUCAAAACAAACCCACAGCUCUCUUUCUUUCUCUGAUCGACCCCUUUUGUUCCGUUCCCAUUAGAACUCCCAGUUUUUGUUUGUGGGUUUCGUUUCUAUACUUUUCUUCUCUCUUCCCCUUUCGCCACCAACUCCGGUGGUGGGCUCUGCCUUGCCCCUGCGCCACCACCACACUUCUGGGCCCACCUCCUCUCUCUCUUUUUCCAUCUCUUAUUAUCUCCUUCUUCUCUUCUACGCCUUCUCAUUUCCACACAAAAAUACAAUCUCUCUCUUUCUUCUUCGCUUCCUCUCCUCUCCUCUCUCCCCUUUUUCUUGUUUAUCCCUUUGGCACUGGCGCGGAUUGAGACAGCCCAGCCAGUUUUGCUAAGGGGGACUCACUUGCUCUGUGCCGGAAUCCACAUUCCAACCCGACCCAUCCAAGGAAAAACAUGGAUUUCUAGUCGAUUGCCGUAUGGUGGGGGCUGAAAAAUGAGUUUUUUGAGGCAAAGAUGAGUUUUUUUUUUUUGAGUGAUUUGUGAGAGGCGGACUCGUUCGCUGCGAGAUCGGCUUCUAAUUGGGAUUUCCCUCUUUCGGUAAUCUGGGUUUGUUUCAGUCGAGGAGCUGAAAUUUGGCACUGCUUUUUUUUGUUUUUUUUUUUAUUUUGUGGUAAGCGAUGGACACCGCUGGUAGACUCAUCGCCGGGUCUCACAAUAGAAAUGAGUUUGUUCUGAUCAAUGCAGAUGAGACUGCACGGAUCAAGUCUGUGAAGGAAUUGAGUGGGCAAAUAUGUCAGAUUUGCGGAGAUGAGGUAGAGAUAACUGUUGAAGGAGAGCUCUUUGUUGCCUGUAAUGAGUGUGCUUUCCCAGUUUGUAGACCUUGCUACGAGUAUGAGAGAAGAGAGGGAAAUCAAGCUUGUCCACAGUGUAAAACCAGAUACAAACGCAUUAAGGGUAGUCCUAGAGUUGAAGGUGAUGAGGAUGAAGAUGAUAUUGAUGAUUUGGAUAAUGAGUUCGACUAUGGAAACCUCGAUUCUUUGGGCCCUCAUUAUGCUGCAGAGGCAGCAUUUGCUUCACGCCUUAAUGCUGGCCGUGGUUCCCACCCUAAUGCAUCUCAAAUCCCUGGACAGUCAGAGCACGAACCUUCUCCUCUUGGUUCCGAGAUUCCUCUCCUGACAUAUGGCGAGGAGGAUUAUGAGAUUUCUUCUGAUCAACAUGCUCUUGUACCCCAUUUUAUGGGUCAUGGAAACAGAGUCCAUCCAAUGCCAUUCCCUGAUCCAUCUAUACCCUCUCAACCUAGACCAAUGGUUCCCCAAAAAGACAUUGCAGUGUACGGUUACGGGAGUGUGGCAUGGAAGGACAGAAUGGAAGAUUGGAAGAAGAAGCAAAAUGAUAAACUUCAAGUGGUGAAGCAUCAAGGGGCCGAUGAUGAUGGAAAUGAUAUUGACGAUCCUGAUUUGCCCAUGAUGGAUGAAGCUAGGCAGCCGCUAUCAAGGAAAUUGCCCAUCGCCUCAAGCAGAAUAAAUCCAUACAGAUUAAUCAUCUUGCUUCGUCUUGUUAUUCUUGGCUUAUUCUUCCAUUACAGAAUUCUUCAUCCAGUUAAAGAUGCCUAUGGUUUGUGGUUGACUUCAGUCAUAUGUGAAAUAUGGUUUGCUGUAUCAUGGAUUCUGGAUCAGUUCCCAAAAUGGUAUCCAAUUGAAAGGGAGACUUAUCUUGAUAGGCUGUCACUGAGGUAUGAAAAAGAAGGGAAGCCUUCUGAAUUAGCCAGCGUGGACAUAUUUGUCAGUACUGUCGAUCCAUUGAAAGAACCUCCAUUGAUCACUGCAAACACAGUACUUUCCAUUCUUGCAGUUGACUAUCCGGUAGAUAAAGUUGCAUGCUAUGUAUCAGAUGAUGGUGCAGCCAUGUUAACAUUUGAAGCACUCUCUGAGACAUCUGAAUUUGCUAGGAAAUGGGUCCCUUUCUGUAAGAAAUUCAAUAUUGAGCCCCGUGCCCCUGAAUUUUAUUUCUCUCAAAAGAUUGAUUAUUUGAAGAACAAGGUCCACCCUGCAUUUGUCAGGGAAAGGCGAGCAAUGAAGAGAGAAUAUGAAGAAUUUAAGGUUAGGAUAAAUGCUUUGGUCUCCAUGGCUCAAAAGGUUCCUGAGGAUGGCUGGACGAUGCAAGAUGGUACUCCAUGGCCUGGGAACAAUGUUCGAGACCACCCUGGCAUGAUUCAGGUCUUCCUUGGCCAGAGUGGAGUUUGCGAUGUUGAAGGAAAUGAGCUACCGCGUUUGGUUUAUGUUUCUCGUGAAAAGCGGCCAGGGUUUGAACAUCACAAGAAGGCUGGGGCCAUGAAUGCACUGGUUCGGGUCUCGGCAAUUCUGUCUAAUGCUCCUUAUCUUCUUAAUGUUGACUGUGAUCACUACAUUAACAAUAGUAAGGCGCUUAGAGAAGCUAUGUGUUUCAUGAUGGACCCUACAUCAGGGAAGAAAGUUUGUUAUGUGCAGUUUCCUCAAAGAUUUGAUGGGAUUGAUCGUCACGAUCGGUAUUCCAAUCGGAAUGUCGUUUUCUUUGAUAUUAACAUGAAAGGAUUAGAUGGGCUACAAGGGCCAAUAUAUGUUGGUACAGGAUGUGUUUUCCGGAGGGUUGCCCUUUAUGGAUAUGAUGCUCCUACCAAGAAGAAACCCCCAAGCAAAACAUGCAAUUGCUUGCCAAAAUGGUGUUGUCUUUGUUGUGGGUCUAGAAGGACCAAGAAGGGAAAGGCCAAGAAUGAGAAGAAGAAGAAGACAAAGCACAGAGAAGCAUCGAAGCAGAUCCAUGCACUUGAGAAUAUCGAGGAGGGAAUUGAAGAACUAAGCAUAGAGAAGUUGAAUGUGUCUCAAAUAAAAUUGGCAAAAAAAUUCGGGCAAUCUCCCGUGUUUGUGAGCUCGACCCUGUUGGAAAAUGGAGGAGUUCCUCAUGAUGUGAGUGCUGCAUCACUCCUAAGAGAAGCCAUUCAAGUCAUCAGUUGUGGUUAUGAAGAUAAAACAGAAUGGGGGAAAGAGGUGGGGUGGAUUUACGGUUCGGUGACUGAAGAUAUCUUGACUGGAUUUAAAAUGCACUGUCACGGCUGGCGGUCUGUGUACUGUAUUCCUAAGAGACCUGCAUUUAAAGGAUCGGCUCCUAUCAACCUCUCAGAUCGUUUACACCAAGUUUUGCGGUGGGCUUUAGGAUCUGUUGAGAUAUUCUUGAGCAGACACUGUCCUAUCUGGUACGGCUAUGGAGGCGGGUUGAAAUGGUUGGAGCGUUUUUCGUACAUAAACUCCGUGGUCUAUCCUUGGACCUCGAUUCCAUUGCUUGUUUACUGUAGUCUACCAGCUAUCUGUCUCCUCACUGGAAAAUUUAUCGUUCCUGAGAUUAGCAACUAUGCUAGUCUUAUUUUCAUGGCACUCUUCAUUUCGAUUGCUGCGACCGGUAUCCUUGAGAUGCAGUGGGGUGGUGUUGGAAUUGACGACUGGUGGAGAAACGAGCAGUUCUGGGUAAUUGGAGGCGUUUCGUCGCAUCUUUUUGCUCUCUUCCAAGGUCUACUCAAGGUUUUAGCUGGUGUUAGCACCAACUUCACAGUGACAUCCAAAGCAGCCGACGAUGGGGAAUUUUCAGAACUCUAUGUCUUCAAGUGGACAUCAUUGUUAAUACCCCCCACAACCUUGUUGAUCAUAAACAUUGUCGGUGUAAUUGUCGGGAUCUCGGACGCCAUCAAUAAUGGGUACGACUCCUGGGGUCCUCUCUUCGGAAGGCUAUUUUUUGCCCUUUGGGUGAUUAUCCACCUCUACCCCUUCUUGAAGGGAUUGUUAGGGAAACAAGAUCGGUUACCGACGAUCAUUGUUGUCUGGUCAAUUCUUUUAGCCUCAAUCUUAACAUUACUGUGGGUAAGGAUCAACCCGUUUGUAUCGAAAGACGGUCCUGUUUUAGAAGUUUGCGGGUUGAAUUGCGAUUAGGAAACAAGCAGGUCGGGACGAGAUGAGACGGGUUGGUUAUGGUUUUUGCAGAAAAAUUUGACUAAUUUUUGUUGGAAGAAAGUUAAUGCAGCAGUAUGAUGUAGAUAGAGGGGUUGGAGGGUGAGGAAUUGUUAUUUGUUCUAUAGAUUUCUUUGAUUCUUUUAUUAAAAUUACUCUGGUCUCUGGGUGCCUGCUUAAUUAGCCUUUUACUAAAUUGUUCCCUAUUUUUGUCCCAUGGAAAAACAUGAACUUAUAUAAUUUAUUCCCUUGUCAAACUUUAGGGGAUAUGUAAAAUUUGUCUCAAACUCUCAUUUUUUCUGUGUUCUAAUGUAAACCCUUGACAUUCUUCA